CAAAACAAAAAUAAAUAAAAAAAAUAAAAAACAUGAUGUAUGAUUAAUCAAUCAAUAAAGUAUUGGUCCAAAACAAAGUCUUCAGAGCCUUCUUGCUCUUAAGUAAUUUAAAAGAAGUGCAGUAUUGCUCCAGUUCCUGCAGAAAGUGAACAAAACUGGGUUUGGAGUCAGAACAUUUCUUCUUAUGUUUGUGAACAUUGUUCUGCUCUGUUUUGAUGUCUUCUGCGCGUGUUGCGCAGGAGGUGUUUUCUCUGAGCCCCUCCCUUUGGCAAGCUGUUGUUUUUCACAGUCACACUCGAACUGGUCCGGUGUGUCUGUGUUGCUGUGUCCGGCCUAUAGACUGCAUAUACGGCCUGUCUCAGCAGCAGCAGCAGCCCGCUGAUGGUGAUGAGACUCUGGAGGACAUUUAAAGCUACUAAAGGGAAGCGGAAGCCUGGCCUGCUGUCUGUCACCAGCUAGCACAGCGCUGUCAAUAUACCAGCGCUUUAAAUUCACUCGUACAGCAAAAAGACAAUGGCACGAAAGGGAAAUGUGAGAUUAUUGAGGCCGUAAUGUGACAUUUUCCAGAAGAAGAAGACACGGGAAACGAAUCGUUCCUAACCUGUGGAGAGCAGAGUUGGUACUUCCUGCUCCCUGAGCCAACCUUCACCUCUGACCCUUUACACCGUCACCUCCACCUCUACAUCCAGUGUCUGGCCGCUUUAACAAUGACGACAGGGGGAUGUUGCCACCUGCCUGGCUCUCUGUGUGACUGUGCGAGCACCACCGGCCUGUGGAAGAGCGUGGAGGAGGCAGGCGGUGACGGGUGCCAGGCUCUCUACGUCACCCAGGUCACAGCCAUAGAUGGACGGCUGCUUUCCUCUGUCCUCAAACCGAUAAGCACACAAAGUGAUGGUCCCAUCUGCCGUAUCUGCCACGAAGGAGGCAACAGUGAGAGUCUCCUGUCUCCGUGCGACUGCACAGGCACCCUGGGCACGGUGCACAAGAGCUGCUUGGAGAAGUGGCUGUCAUCGUCCAACACCAGCUACUGUGAGCUCUGCCACACAGAGUUCAGCAUCGAGCGCCGACCGCGGCCUCUCACAGAGGUAACAAAGUGGCUGCGGGACCCCGGUCCUCGUAAUGAGAAGAGGACGCUGUUCUGUGAUAUGGUGUGUUUCCUGUUUAUCACACCCCUAGCAGCCAUUUCAGGAUGGCUCUGCCUGAGGGGCGCUCAGGACCAUCUUACACUGGGGAGCUGGCUGCAGGCUGUGGGCCUCAUAGCUCUCACAAUCGCCCUCUUCACCAUCUAUGUCCUGUGGACCCUGGUAUCGUUCCGCUACCACUGUCAGCUGUACUCUGAGUGGAGGAGAACAAAUCAGAAAGUGCGUCUGCUCAUUCCUGAAGCCAAGGAGUCUAACUCUUCCCAGCAUUCCUUGCUCUCUUCCAAACUGACGAAGAAGUCAGCGAACGAGAGUAUAGUAUGAGACCAAACGGAGAUGGUUGGUGUCCUUUACAUGUAGGGGCUGGUUGUGCCUUGUUGUUCUUGUUGCUUUUUUUUUUUACAGAAAAAGGUCUUUGCCCCAUCAAUUAACAUAACUUUUUAAAAAAAGAAAUCCUCCUUUGUGCGCAGAAAUGAGCACAUUUUUAAAUGGAGUCUGGAUUUCUUGACCAAGCUUAUGCAAACGCACUGAGGAGCAGAGCAGCACAUAAAGAUGUGCAGAGACAUUCAAAGAGACAUGGGAAUAGUCUCAUCAUCAUGAAUAUGAUGAUAAUAUCAAACAACAGUGACAGUUGAAUAUGAAAUGACCAAACUAACUUGUUUAGUGGACUGUGAAAUGUUUGAAUUUUCUUUUCUGCUGGUUUUACCUACCCACCGAUGGGCCUCAGAUGACGGGAGCGUAGCAGCUUGUUUCAUUGUUGUGCUGCAAUGAUGAAACUGCUGAUACAUGUCAUAUCAUAUCUGGACCUGCCCUUACCUACAAGGCCUUGCAUUCCCUGCACAGCGUUUCCCAGUGAGAAGCUCUUUCAGGCAAUUAUCGUGUGAUCCCAUAUGAAUCUGUAAAGAAAAAAAAAAGCUUUGAUUUAUUCACCAGUAUGCUCUGGAAUGAAACUUUAAAUUUGGCACAAGGCUAUUGGACUUCUCUCUUUUUUUUUUAAUCCCUCAUCUGUUUUUACAUCUCAUCCAAAUAGGGAUGGCAGCACAGCAUUAAUAAAGCCAGAGAUUGUGCAAUAACAAACACUGUGGACACCGAGGUCUUCACAGUAGGUGAAGCACCCUCUCCCAACAUGCACAUUUAUGCAUACAAGCACUGUUAAUAUUUUAACAUUUUUUAAAUUUUGUUUGUGUAUUGUAAAAUUAUCUUGUGGUUCAAAGAAAAAAAAUGAUUCUCUUAAACCACUAAAACAAUGAACAGAUUUACUAUCCCUACUGAAGUAGGGUUUAACAGUUUCCUCAUAUAGGUUGUUGUAUUAUCAGCACUUAGCAAGUAGGUCUUGUUUAGAUCAAUGGAAAACUCCAUCAAAUGGCUCUUAGAGGGACAAAUGUUGUUAGGUGGCUGUUGCUUUAAUAUGGUGAUAUUAAAGCAUCCUUUUAACUGCCUGCUAAAGUAUUUUUAAUAGCUACUUUUUGCAACUUUGUUCUGAUCUUUUGUCAUAUAUAAACAACACACAUUGCUGUGUUAGUUUCCAUAAAUCCAACAAGAAUCAGGGAAUCUUCCUGCAAGCAUUUACAUCUCUGAUCUGAUAGAAAAAAAAAAAUUCUGUGUUUAGUGCUUCUGCCAGCAACAUAAACUUUACCCACCAACAAGGACUUUCACGGUGGGUACAUUAUGCAAGCACCACUAAGGCUUAAUCAGACUUUUGUCUUUUUUUGGGAGGAAGCCAGCUGUAGAUGCUUUUUUCUAAGUCCAUUUGAUGGAUGUCAAUGUUUUUUGGGUGCGAACUUGCCCGUCAUGUUCUGAUGUUACUGAACAGACUUAUUUGGGUCUGUGUUGGUUUUUUUGGGAGAGCGGAGGAAAUUAUCUUCCUUGUGUAUAUAGUUUGGUGCAGUUUCUAAUCGAGUCACUUAUAGUGGCUGUUAAUCAGUCAGAAAACAGAAACUACAGUGUCUGCUCGUCCAAUUUAAAUAUAGUUUUUUACUCCACUUAAUUUGGAUCCUAGAGAGACAUCUGUUCAUUGACAUGAAGGCCAUAGAGUGAAACACAUUUAAUGCAAUUCAGUAUUAUUGUUCAGAUCUUAUAAUUUAUUUGUGUUUUGUCAUGCAUACAUUUAAAACUGUGCAAUUCUGUGCGGUGCAAUAAAAAUGCCCUUAGCAUUAAAAGCAAUGAGGCAAGUGUGAAACUAUGGGAGCCCGUCAUCGCAAAUAACAUGAGAGAUCCUGUCAGUCAUUAUAAUCCGAAACUUUAUCAAAAGUAAUGACUUGCAUAUCUAGUAUUUUGCAAAAAUUAAGUACUUAUUUUAAGAUAGGGAAGUCAUUACUUUGAGAACAUUUUUUUCAAGUAAUUUUGAGAUAAGCAAGUUAUUAUUUUACUGAGUUUCCCCUCGGGGGUAAAUAAAGUAAUUUUUGAUUUUUGUUUUGUCAUUUUUUGAGAUGGUUGUAGUAUUGUACUAUUUCUUGAAAAUUUCUCAUUACUACUGACAGGAUAUUUUUAUUUUCAUCACAUCAUAUCAUAUUAUUUUACUGGCGGAAAUGGGCUUCCAUAUAAAACUAGUCUUGGUUAAUUAUUAUUAAUUUGAUGACAAGAUCACAAUUAUUGUUUUUUCUCUGUUCAGCAGAAUGUCAUUUAUAUUUAUAUUAAGGAGUGAUCGUACUUUUUAUUAUCAAACUUAUUAAUGAUUAAUGAUGAUUAACAUGCUGAUCAUGAUUUGUACUUCUUUUUGCUUAUAAUUAACUUUCUCUUCGAUGUUAGAGUAAAGGCAUUGGUAUAUUUUGCAGAGGCAUUCAGUAUUACAGAGGCCAAAAGUCCUGAUUUAAUGCACAAUUAAUGUUUUUUUUUUAUUUUUUAUUUAAAAUACAUGUGUUUACUUUUUUAACAAACCAAACAAUAUGUAUUUAACCUGGUGUGAAGCAGUGUGGCAUUGCACAAAGAGUCAUCUGAGACCUUUUCAGAGCAGGUUUGGGAUUAUUGGCUGUCAAUAAGCAUCAAUAUAAAUAAGGUUUUUCCUGCACUGUGUGAAUUUUUUAACUACAGAAACAUUGUGAUCUGAAAUUACAUUACACGUUUCGUGGGGCGUUGUAAAACAUGAGUCACAGAAACAGGAUGUAUCUGAGUAGUGCUGAAGGCUGGUGGGGAAUUGACACAUUCAUGUUGUGUUGAGAAACUAUCUUUUUAGCAUUCCCAGAAACCAGAGGGUGUAAAAGUAAUUUCCUUAACCCUGUGUUGUCAACAUUGACAUUAUACAUUGGUACUUUUAGCUCCUGGUGGGUUGUCCCACAUACUGCCCCAGUUAAUCGUUUGUUUGUGUUUUUAACUGGUCUUAGAACAAAGGAUUAUAUCCUGCAAUACUGCGAUGCAGCUGGGGGGCCUUACAAGCUUAUGAGUCAUUGGAUCAUCCAUGUGUUUACUGUUUGUCCUGAACAGGGCUUUACUCCGAGAAUCAGGAUCUGUUGGGGCAUUGGUAUGAAGCAAUGUAAUGAGCUGAGGUGCAGUUAUUCAGCAAACAACUAAAUGUGUAGGUCAAUGCAGAAGAUGUCUGACCACUAUUGGAGUUCAUUUUAUAGUUUUGUGCAGUUGCCUGCAAAUUAUGCAACACUGCUCCCAUUUUGGCUCCCUGCAGAUGCUCAUAUCUCCAAAGAGCUUUUAAGUGUUUAUUACACUUAAUGUAACACUUUAUAUAGCGUCCACAAUUCAAACCCAGAAAAGGAUUUUAAAUCUGUUUUCCUUGAACACGAAUGAACAUGUAAAUGUUAAUGUUACUUAUGUUGUGUCAUGUUUAACAUUUUUGUAAUCUUUAUAUGUCUUUUUGGAGGGUGGGUGUGUCGAUAUGUAUCAUUUUGUAAUUUAUGUUGCAAUUCUUCAGUAUUCACAUUUUUAAAUACUACAAUGUUUAUGCUGUGCUGUGUGGGAAAAAAAGAAACAUGUCUUCACCAAAAAUACUGGUACCUUCAAUCAGCCAAGUAUGUUUGCAAAUCAAAUAAAACAUGUUGAUAAAUUA